GAGUUCAAAUGGAAAACAGAAUUGCAUUAUCUAUGUGCGCAAAUGCAACUUAAAUGGAUUUCGUACCACUUUGUUUGUGGUUAAAAGUUUUCCCGGAAAUUCAUAUAUAACCAUUUGUGUAUCUUCUAUUUUUGAAUCGGGUCCUUUAGCACUUUCACUUUCAGAAAAGUCUACUUUCGUUUUCUACUAAGUGUUCCGAUCAUUCAUAUAGCAGUAAAAUAAACUAAACCAGCUGAAAGAUGAUGUGACAAGUGAAGACGUUUAAUAUUGUAGUAUUUUUAAAAUAGACGAUUCUACAGAGAUGUCUUGAAUGUGGAAUGCCCUAGAUUAUAUUCGUCUCUCUUGCAGAGAGUGACACGUACGGAGCAGCUAUUAACACAACUCAAACUUUGGUUGGUGUCACUCUUGAUACUUAAUAUCCUAACAUUUGGAACUAUUAAUUAGCUUGCUAUUUGAGAGAUGGCUAAACGAUCGGAAAAAGUAGUAGCUAAAAAUGUUGCUGGACAAGAAGCGGCGGAAAAUGUUGUCAACGUAAGUGGUAGGAUGGCAUAUUCCGCCUUAUCUGAAAUAAAGAGGGAAGCACCAUGGAAUAUCAAACCAGACAACAGCCAAAUACAAAAACCAGCUCGUAGGGGAGAGCAUGUGAUCAACAACAACGUUCUCAGGGUGUAUAGAGAUAUUAUUGAUGACUUUGUUGGUGAUAUCACAGGCAUGGAUAAUAUUCAAAGUCUUGUCGACACUGGUAGAUUGAGUUCGAAUUCACAUAUAGUGCAAUCAUAUUAUCAGCCUCUUUCUGAAGGGUUCAUGGAUCUCAUACGUAAUCGAAUGGUAAUACACCUAGAUGAAGACUAUAUAGAUAAGAAUUCUAUAAAUUAUGGACAACAGAUAGAAAUAUUACGAGGCAGCGUUAAUAUGUAUAUGAGAUCUAUCUAUGAAAAUCUGACAUCAAAAGAUAGACUAGAUUCAAAUCCCUUUGGCAUUUGCUCCUGGGAGAGGCAAAUCAGAACAACUGUAGAGGAUUUCAUCGCAAGUAACUAUUUUGUAGACGAACAAGCUUUGGACAUUUGGUUACGGAAACGAGGCAAUGAGCAGAGUACAUAUGAUAGAGGUCACCGUGAAGUUGUCAAAAUGUUCCGACGUUUGAUCUAUGAUGGAACCAACAAUGACGUCAUUCAGUGGGUGAACGAGUUAGUUGAUGCAUCAAAAUGCUAAAACAAAAUAAACACGUAUUAGACACUUAACUAACUUGUCGCGUUCAUAUAGGAACAUUUUAUAUGACUAUAUCAUACUUUGAAUAACAGAAUAACAAUAUUCUUUUUUUAUAAAUAUCAAAUUUUAAGUGUUUUUAUAUCAAGGCGCU